AUGGCGGCGGGAGUUGCAGCCUGGCUGCCUUUUGCCCGGGCUGCAGCCAUUGGAUGGAUGCCAGUGGCCAAUUGCCCCAUGCCCCUAGCUCCAGCAGACAAGAACAAGCGGCAAGAUGAGCUGAUCGUCCUCAACGUGAGCGGAAGACGGUUCCAGACCUGGAGGACCACUCUGGAGCGCUACCCCGACACUCUGCUGGGUAGCACAGAGAAGGAGUUCUUCUUCAAUGAGGACACCAAGGAGUACUUCUUUGACCGCGACCCAGAAGUGUUCCGCUGCGUGCUCAACUUCUACCGCACCGGGAAACUGCACUACCCGCGCUACGAGUGCAUCUCUGCCUACGACGAUGAGUUGGCCUUCUAUGGCAUCCUCCCUGAGAUCAUUGGAGACUGCUGCUACGAGGAGUACAAAGACCGCAAGCGGGAGAAUGCGGAGCGGCUCAUGGAUGACAAUGACUCUGAGAAUAACCAGGAGUCCAUGCCCUCGCUCAGCUUCCGCCAGACGAUGUGGCGGGCAUUCGAGAACCCACACACCAGCACCCUGGCCCUGGUCUUCUACUACGUGACUGGUUUCUUCAUUGCCGUCUCAGUCAUCACCAACGUGGUGGAGACGGUGCCAUGCGGCACAGUGCCAGGGAGCAAGAGCUUGCCAUGUGGAGAACGCUACUCGGUAGCCUUCUUCUGCCUGGACACUGCUUGCGUCAUGAUCUUCACGGUGGAGUACCUCCUCCGGCUCUUCGCGGCACCCAGCCGAUACCGCUUCAUUCGCAGUGUGAUGAGCAUCAUCGACGUGGUGGCCAUCAUGCCCUAUUACAUCGGCCUGGUCAUGACCAACAAUGAGGAUGUAUCAGGGGCCUUUGUCACUCUCCGGGUCUUCCGUGUCUUCAGGAUCUUCAAGUUCUCCCGACACUCCCAGGGCCUACGGAUCCUGGGCUACACCCUGAAGAGCUGUGCCUCAGAACUGGGCUUUCUCCUCUUCUCCCUCACCAUGGCCAUCAUCAUCUUUGCCACUGUGAUGUUUUAUGCCGAGAAGGGCUCCUCUGCCAGCAAAUUCACAAGCAUCCCUGCAUCUUUCUGGUACACCAUCGUCACCAUGACUACGCUGGGGUAUGGAGACAUGGUGCCUAAGACAAUCGCGGGGAAGAUAUUUGGCUCCAUCUGUUCCCUGAGUGGUGUCCUGGUCAUUGCUCUGCCAGUCCCUGUGAUAGUCUCCAACUUUAGCAGGAUCUACCACCAGAACCAGAGAGCAGAUAAACGCAGGGCACAGAAGAAGGCCCGCCUUGCCAGGAUCCGUGUGGCCAAAACAGGAAGUUCCAAUGCCUACCUGCACAGCAAGCGCAAUGGGCUCCUCAAUGAAGCCCUGGAGCUGACGGGCACCCCAGAAGAGGAGCACAUGGGCAAGACCACCUCGCUCAUUGAGAGCCAGCACCACCACUUGCUGCACUGCCUAGAAAAGACCACUGGGUUAUCCUAUCUUGUGGAUGAUCCCCUGUUAUCUGUACGAACCUCCACCGUCAAGAACCACGAGUUUAUCGACGAGCAGAUGUUUGAGCAGAACUGCAUGGAGAGCUCAAUGCAGAACUACCCGUCCACCAGAAGUCCUUCUCUCUCCAGCCACUCCGGCCUCACCACCACCUGCUGCUCCCGGCGCAGUAAGAAGACCACACACCUGCCCAACUCCAACCUGCCGGCCACUCGCCUGCGCAGCAUGCAAGAACUCAGCACCAUCCACAUCCAGGGCAGCGAGCAGCCCUCCCUCACCACCAGUCGUUCCAGCCUUAAUUUGAAAGCAGACGAUGGACUAAGACCAAACUGCAAAACAUCCCAGAUAACCACGGCCAUCAUCAGCAUCCCCACGCCCCCGGCUCUAACCCCAGAGGGAGAAAGUCGACCCCCUCCUGCCAGCCCAGGACCCAACACGAACAUUCCUUCCAUAGCCAGCAACGUUGUCAAGGUCUCUGCCUUGUAA